AAAUGUAGUUGAGCACAUCCCCAAGCCUGCGCCUUAUUAGCGCUCGACUAGCCGGUUUUCUGCGGCCAGGCUCGGCCUCUUGCAUCAUAUGGUCCGGCUAUAUUAGGUUUCCUUUAUCGCCCAGGGUCAAUCGCUAUUGUCUUCCCUAAGCUGAUCCAACCCAUCAUUUGAUACCCCUCACAUGGCCAGGGGUUCUCCCAUCAUAGCAUCAAUAGCAUCGAAGCUACCAUCUUCGCUGUCACAGCAGUGUCGCCCUAAAUCUUUCUAGCAUAUACCGAGCAUGUCUGCAUCAAGCAAGCAAUCCGAAUUCAGCCAUCUGCCCCGUGCUUCCGUGGGUCCUUUGGUUUGUCCUCACGAGGUAUCGCUUUUUCUUGACUGAAAUGACUGCGCCGCUGGGCUAUGCUAAUGGGGACUUCUGACUUUAAUGGACAGGGUCGGGACCUUCUAGAGUCCUGUCAAUUCAAUAAAGGAUCAUGCUUUCCGCAGGAAGAACGCCAGGCAUUCAAGCUGCUAGGCCUGCUUCCCCCCAAUUUUCAAACACUGGAAGAGCAGGUCCAGCGAGCCUAUGAGCAAUAUAGCAGCCGCGAGAGCGAUAUCGCGAAGAACACAUUCAUGGCUAGUAUGAAGCAACAGAAUGAGGUUUUGUACUACAAGCUCCUGGAAACCCACCUUAAGGAAAUGCUCAGUAUCAUAUACACGCCGACCGAAGGCGAAGCGAUACAGAACUAUUCUCGCCUGUUCAGAAAGCCAGAAGGAUGCUUUCUGAAUAUCAAGGAGCAGGAUAAGAUCGAAGAAUGCCUCUCCAAUUUCGAGAGCAGCGAUGAGAUUGACUACAUCGUGGUUACUGAUGGAGAGGAGAUUCUGGGCAUUGGAGACCAGGGUGUAGGUGCCAUUCUGAUCUCAGUCGCCAAACUGGCAUUGACAACCAUUUGUGCCGGUAUUCAUCCUUCGCGGCAGCUACCGGUGGUUUUAGACUGCGGUACCGAUAAUGAGACCUUACUCAAAGACAAUUUGUACCUGGGACUUCGACAGCCUCGGGUCAGAGGGGAGGAGUAUGAUAAAUUUGUGGAGAGGUUUGUGACAAUUGCUAAGCAGAAGUUUCCAAAGGCAUAUAUUCACUUCGAAGACUUCGGUCUCCACAAUGCCAAGCGUAUCCUUGACAUGUUCCGCUCCCAGAUUCCAUGCUUUAAUGAUGAUAUACAAGGCACUGGAUGUGUAACGCUGGCCGCCUUGAUGGCUGCUUUGCAUGUUAGCAAGGUCAAGCUGGACGAUGUGCGUGUAGUGAUUUACGGGUCUGGAUCUGCUGGCAUAGGCAUUGCCGCGCAGAUCGCUGACACAAUUGAGAACGAGGCGCGUAAGCCGAAAGUAGAAGCUAGGAAGCAAAUAUGGUGCCUCGACAAGCCUGGGCUUCUUGUCAAAUCUUUGGGAGAUCAACUGACGCCGGCCCAAGUACCAUUUGCACGGGAUGACGACGAAUGGUCCGGAGAAGAGCCACGCGACUUACUGGCCGUAGUGAAGAAAGUGCAACCACACGUGCUUAUUGGAAUCUCUACCAAGCCUAAAGCUUUUACGGAAGAGAUCAUUCGCGAGAUGGCCAAGCAUGUCGAGACACCUAUCGUCUUCCCACUCAGCAACCCAACACGCCUACAUGAAGCGUGCCCCGAGGACAUCAACCGUUGGACAGAUGGUAAGGCCUUGAUGGCUACUGGUAGUCCAUUCCCGCCUGUUGAGCUGAAUGGAAAAAAGUACGAAAUUGCCGAGUGCAACAAUUCAACUUGCUUUCCUGGAAUUGGACUGGGAGCAGUUCUCUCACGAACACGGGUGUUGUCAGACAAGAUGCUUGUCGCGGCAGUCAAAGCAUUGACUAUGCGGUCCCCGGCGCUGCAGGAUCCCAAGGAGCCACUUCUUCCGGACGUUCAAGACGCCCGCGAGAUCAGCGUCGAUAUUGCAAAGGCCAUAAUCAAAACUGCGGUGGAGGAAGGUCAUGCAGAGGAGGUGGGGAUUCCGACGGAGGAUCAGGAAUUGGAUGAAUGGGUUCGGAUUCAAAUGUGGGAGCCAAAGUACCGACCGUUGGUACGACCGCAACAGGAGUGAGUGGGUUUUAAUUGGGUGGCAAGUAGGUAGUCACUUGAUACGUACAUUAGAAUAGAUAAUUCGAUAAUAAGUGUUUAG